AUGGAUACACCUUUAAAAGAAUUGCUGUCGUAUGUUACGAUUCAACAUUUAAAGAAUGAAAUAACAGGUGUUCAUCAUCAACAUAAUGAAGGGCAUUGUAACAUCUACGAUGAUAUUACUUCUACACCUUUGGGAGGUAGUCCCAAUGUAGAGUAUUUAACAUCUCUAUUGGACGGUGACUUUAAACAAGACAGAGAUCAUCUUUAUAGAUUAUUCCAAAACAAUGAAGAGUUUGAUGAACCAUUCUUAACUGAACCUGGUUACACUAAUUAUAAACAUAGAGAAAGAACAUUAAUUGCAUCAAAAUUGAUUGCAGAUCAAGAGAUUGUUACAUUGGAAGAUAUGAAGAAUAGACCUGAUAAAUUCUUGGCAUGGUUUGAAACCAUUUCUUAUGCUGAUCUGAGCGUCAGUCUCAAGUUUGCAGUCCAGUACAAUCUAUGGGGUGGAACUAUACUAUUCCUUGGAACAGAGAAACAUCAUUCAAAGUAUUUAUCUGGUAUUCAAGAUUGUACUAAACUUGGUGCAUUUGGUUUAACUGAAUUAGGUCAUGGAAGUAAUGUAAAUGGGUUAGAGACAACAGCAACAAUUGAUCAAGAUAGAAAAGAGUUUAUUGUAAAUUCACCAACUUGGACAUCACAAAAAUAUUGGCCUGGAAAUAUAGCUACACACGGUCAGUUUUGUACAGUGUUUGCUAGGUUGAUAUUAAAGGGUCGUGAUCAUGGUGUACAUGCAUUUGUGGUGCCUAUUCGAACACCUCCUUUGUCGGGACACCCAUAUGGCCUGCCAAUGCCCGGUGUCGAGAUUAGAGAUAUUGGAUUGAAAUCAUCAUUCAACGGUAUUGAUAAUGGAGGACUGUUGUUUAAACAAGUACGUAUUCCAUUGGACAAUAUGUUGGAUAGAUUCAGUCGUGUCACUGAAUCGGGAGAGUAUGAAUCGACGAUUGCACCAAACCGUCAUUUUGGAGCUAUGAUGUCUGUAUUUUAUAUCGGUCGUCUCUGUAUAUCAGUGUUGUGUCUUGCAGCUGCCAAAACAGCCGUCUCUAUCGGGUUGAGCUACUCACACAAUCGCAAGCAGUUUGGUGAGCCUGGUAAACCCGAGCAACCCAUCAUCCACCACACCACUCAACAACGCCGUCUGCUUCCCAACUUGGCAAGAUGCUUUGCACUCGACUUUGCACAUAAACUUGUUAUAUUGACCAAUACGAUGGAUCUCAAGCACAGCUAUUCGUCGGGUCUCAAGGCGGUUGGCGCAUGGGACUGUUUCAGUGCCACACAGUUGGCUAGAGAGUGUAUGGGAGGGCAAGGGUUCCGUCUGUCAGCACGUGUACCAGUCCUCAGAAACCACCUAGAGGUCGGACUCACUGGAGAAGGUGACAACACCAUCCUCUGUCAACAAACCAGUACCGACAAAAAUAAGUUUAAAAAUUAUUAA